GCGAAGCGAACGAUCAGGCGAGUUAGUUAGUGAGGUGAGCGAACGAUUAUCUCGCCGCACCUUGUCCUGGAUACGCUGACCUGCUGUGACGGACUGUUCCACCCCCGCUGCACAGAUCCCGUUGAGGACUUUGGCUUUGUAUGUUUCCAUUUAUGCCCAGAGCAACUGGAGAACAUCCUUGUGCCUGAUACAGACUUUGAGAGAACAUGGCAAGUGGUGGCUUUAGGUCGCACACUCCAUCUACCUCCAAUACCACUGAUUUCUUGGAGGAAUGGAAAGCAAAGAGGGAGAAGAUGAGAGCCAAGAUGUAUGCAGCUGAGGCCGCAGCAGCAGCGGCAGCGGCAGGUGGAGGAGGUGGUGAAAUUAUCAACAAGACUAGCAACGAGUUGAACAAUAAUACCAGCAACAAUACUAUGGCCAGUAACAUCCAAGCAUCCGUUUCCUCAUCUGUCUUUAAAACUCCAGCAAACAGGAGGGCCGAGGAGGACCAAACAGUCGCUCCAGCAGUUAAUCAACAAAAGAAAGUGCCAGGCCCAGCUCAAGAUGGUACUACACCUGCAGGGACCACACAGGAUGAAAGCCCUCCACCAACUUCUCAGGAUGCUCCAGCAAAGACAAAAGAAAAGGCAAAGGGCUCCAGUGGCCCAAGUGCCAGGAAGGGUAAAGGGCAGAUUGAGAAAAGGAAACUCAGGGAAAAGAGAAGAUCUACAGGAGUGGUCAAUAUCCCUUCAGCAGAAAGUCCUGAUGAAUAUGAUGAUGAUGAAGCAGGGCAGAAAGAACAAAAAAGAGAAAAUGCACUUACCCAGCAAAACACUGUACAGAAUGAGUCUUUUAACAUCGACCCAAGUGAUUCCUAUUUGCAACAGGAGACAAUCAGGACUGUGCCAAACAGAUAUAAAAGCACCAACACUUCCCCUGAUGAUGACGCCACAAAUCGGUGUUCUCGAUCAGACCGGUCAAUGUAUAAUCGCUACAGUAAAGAUACAAAUGUGUCCGUAAACUCCGGGCAAGGGAGCUUGGAAAAGAAAAUUGAAGAACUAGAAAGGGAAUUAGCAAAAGAGAAACAAGAAAAUCUAAAGUUACUGAAGAUAAUGCAAGACAAAGAAGACUUAAUUAUGAAAAUGAAAGAGGAAAUUGACUUACUAAACAGAGAUUUGGAUGAUCUAGAAGAUGAAAAUAAACAGCUAAAGCAAGAAAAUAAGACCCUUCUAAAGGUUGUUGGCCAGCUAACAAGAUAGAAGAUCUACUGAAUCCUCAUCAGCAAAACACACUACUGAUUUAUUUUUAUUACUAUUAUUGUUUUUGGGCUGGCAGGGUAGAUGAGAUGAUCUAGUUUUAAGGAGGACAUUGAUGAAGUGGCAUCUUGAAUUAUGAGUAUUUGAGUGGACUAAAACGUUAGGAGGUAACAUUUUGCACCAGCUUUUUGAUGACAGGAAUUUUUUAUAACUGCAAACAGUAUUGCCUGUAAUAAAAAAAUCCAUGUAUCAAUUA